AUGCGGUUUGGCAAGACAUUGCGAAAGGCUGUGUAUCCUCCAUGGAAGGGCAAUUAUAUUGACUACGUUAAGCUCAAAGCCCUGCUGCGAGAGCAUGAGCAUAAUGCAGCGGAUGCUAGCGAUUCCGAUGAUAGCCAGUGGACAGAGCAAGACGAGGAGGCUUUUGUGCAGGAACUUUUGAAUGUACAGUUGGACAAGGUAAACUCUUUCCAAUCAAAGACUUCGCAACAGCUCCGGGAGCGCACGUCGGCAUGUGAGGCUAAGCUGCGGCCAUUGGUAGUGUCUGGGGAUCAGGAAGCCUCCAGCCUCGAAGAGCAGGAGAAAAGGAGGAUCUUGUCCGAGGUGAUAGAGGAACUUGACGGCAUCACCAAAGAGGUUAGCGAACUGGAAAAGUACAGUCGCAUCAACUUCACGGGUUUCCUCAAGGCGGCCAAGAAACAUGACCGCAAGCGUGGAGCUCGAUACCGUGUGAAGUCAUUGCUGCAAGUUCGCCUGUCACAGCUACCUUUCAACUCUGAAGACUACUCACCUUUAGUUCACCGCUUAUCAGUGAUGUACUCCUUUGUGCGAGAGUCUCUGAAUGAGGACGUCGUACCAUGGAAAGAGCCGGAACGGGCCUUUGGCCGUGACGUCUACUCCUCUUAUAAAUUCUGGGUGCAUGCCGACAACGUGUUGGAGGUCAAGACUUACAUUCUUCGUCGUCUACCCGUCCUAAUCUAUAACCCUGGAACGUCGAAGAACCUUGACACCUUCACCGAGGACCCAGCCAUCACUUCUCUCUACUUUGACAAUUCUCAGUUUGACCUCUACAACCAGAAAGUCGCCCGUGCUCCCGAAGCCGGAUCCUUGCGACUACGCUGGACAGGCCAGCUGAAAGAUAAGCCGCCAAUCUUUUUGGAAAAGAAGGUGGUCAACGACGACGACAGCAGCCGUAUGGUCAAGGUACAGCUGAAGGAGAAGCAUAUCAAGGAGUUCUUGGACGGAGAAUAUCAUCUGGAUAAAAAGGUUCAUCGUAUGGAGGACAUCGCCCACGGGGAAUCGGCGGACGCAGAAGCUCUCAAAAAGGAUGUCGAAGAGUUGCAAUCAUUCAUCAAAGAGAACAACCUGCAGCCCAUGCUUCGUGCAAACUACACUCGUACCGCCUUCCAGAUUCCCGGUGAUGACCGCAUUCGCAUUUCUCUUGACACCAACCUUGCCCUGAUUCGGGAAGAUUGCCUGGAUCCGGAGCGCCCUUGCCGUGACCCUUCCCAGUGGCAUCGCACUGAUGUUGACGAUACAUCCAUGACUUAUCCCUUCAGUGCCAUCAGAACUGGAGAAAUUGUUCGUUUCCCGCACGCUCAGCUUGAGAUCAAGCUGCGUGGUAAGGCUAAUGAGACAGAGUGGGUGAAUGAACUCAUGUCUUCUCACUUGGUGAAAGAUGCCCCUCGCUUUUCCAAAUUCGUUCAUGGCACGGCUCAGCUGUUUGAAGAUUAUGUUAAUAGCUUUCCAUUCUGGCUCGGUGAGUUGGAAACUGACAUUCGUCGUGACCCCGAGACUGCCUACCAAGAGGAACAAGAACGGUUGGCGAAGCGAGCAGAGGAGGAAAUUGCAGUGGGCAGCCUAAUCCUGGGUGCAGGAGGUUUAGAUAGCCCCACUCAUUAUCCUCUAUCAGGAUCUCCCUACGGCCAUCGCUCCCUGCGCAGACCUUCUGGUAUUAGUGAUGCGCCGCCUCGCAUGCGCCUCCCAGUCAUCGAACCCCAGCACCACCAGUCGGAGACAGUAGCACCUAGUCGGGUUCCAGAAAUUCCGGAGCCAUCAUCUCGGCCACCGUCUCGCUUCACGUCUGUUCUAAAGUCCAUCUCUCCCAAUAACUGGACAGGACGCGAGGUUGUGUCCUUGCCUCCUGGUAUUCGAGACCCCGGAGUUUGGAUCAAGGACUCCGGGCCCGUUCGCGUGGAAAGCAAGGUCUGGCUGGCCAAUCAGCGAACCUUCAUCAAGUGGCUGCACAUCAGCAUUCUGUUGUCAAGCUUGUCCCUUGGUCUCUACAACGCUGCUGGCAAGCACAAUCGCAUUGCUCAGGUGCUGGCCGUUGUCUAUACCUUCUUUGCUCUCUUCUCUGCGGCCUGGGGCUGGUACAUGUAUGAGAAGCGCGGUCGACUUAUCCGUCAACGUAGCGGCAAGGACUUGGACAACAUGUUUGGUCCCCUUGUUGUGUGUCUUGGUCUAGCUGUUGCUCUGGUGUUAAACUUUGCUUUUAAGUACAAGGCUGUGCUUGAGCAGGCUCGGGGAAACGAGGUCCCAAUGGGAAUUGCUGUCUCCACAAACUCCUCGGCUCUGUUUAAUGGAGCUUCGUGGAGCGCAGCUGGCUCAAAACAGCAUAUCAUGUAA